GCUCCCAUUAGUGAUUUGAUAACGGUCCCCACGCCCCAGUCUCAACCUUCUUUGUGCCCUAAAACGGGACUAUCCACAGUGACCACAGUCACUUUUUCGACGAUCGGAACCAAGCACAAAGGUGAGUGUGGUCCACACACACGCCCAAUUAGGUCAAGGACAAUGGACUACUCAACAUGUUUCAUCUCAGUGUGGUUGAGAGAAUUGACUGAACGCAUAUAAAAGCUUCGCCCUCUUGUAACCCACCCUGAGCUCCCACCCGUUACAUCUACAUCUACAGAACGUCCCGUUACUCCUAAGCAGUCCCACUCGGAGGUCUCAACUGAUCCUCAUCUACAAGCGUCUCCCCAUAAAGCCACGAACGCGACACUCAGGAAGGCCAGGACCAACGCUCAAUAUCGUAUCAUCGGUCAAGAAGAGAUGAUCGCGUCUCUCCAUCAAGAAGAUGUCAACAAGUGGUUCUCCGAUUGGCUGCCUGGCAGAGAUGGUGAAGAGCUCAGCUUUGAAUCAAAGGAUCUCCCUGAAGCUUUCAAAGAUAAGCUAUUCAACUUCGACGAUGUUACUUUUAAAAAGAAGAGUGAUGGACCCACUAAUAUCCGUGUCGAAAAAGAUCUAUACAAGGUUUUGUGUCCCGUGAUACAGAACGUCUUCGAUCUUGCGGCUCACAGGUCGAGUGGAAAUGCCGAUUACGACGCACUACAUAUUAAAGAUACCAGUGUCUGGAAAGAAGAAAGUGACUAUUUACAAUGUCCUGACUUGUCAAUUCACCGGACCUCCGCGGCUGAAGCCUUCUGCCUUGACGACAAAAGCAAGAAGAAUGUCGUUGAUGCCCAUAAAUGUUUCGUUGGUCGUACCGCUUACUCAUGGACCCUCCUUCCUGGGGAGAUAAAGGUUGACAAGUCCAAAGAAGGUUUUGGUACUACACCCACUCUGGACCUUCCAGACACCGAUGACGCUCGUCAAACUCGUGGACAAUUCGCUGAAUACGUCACUGAGAUUCUUUCGAGACAGCAUCGCCGGUUCACCUUCGCGUUCUAUAUUUACAGAAACUUGGCCCGACUGUUUGUAGUGGACAGGGUUGCUGCCGUCAUGACGCCGCCUUUUGAUUACAUCAAAACACCCAUGACGCUAUUGAAGUUCUUCUAUCGUCUUGCUGAAGCAGAUGCUUGGGGGCUGGGUUAUGAUCCUACUGCUGUCCUUGCAUCCCCUAGUGACAUCUCAAUCCUCAGAGAUCACAAGUUGAACCACGGUGCUAUUCAGACGUUUAUCAAUGAUGCUGUGGACGGCGCAUUGAACCACGACCUGGUUUCUCUCUGGCCUUUGUACAAAGUCGAAGUGUGCGAUCACAAAUUGAAGAAGAAGUCGUAUUUUCUCAUCGGGAAGCCUCGAACUCCGGGUCCCUCUAUGUUUGGCCGUGCGACGAAAGGUUUCGUUGCGUUCGAUUUGGUCGAGCACGACUUCGUAUGGCUCAAAGACAGUUGGCGAGUGGUCUCCGAACAUUCGCAUCCUGAAUGGGAAGUUUACGAAAGGCUAAAGAGUAGCAACGUCCAAAACAUUGCUACGAUACGAUGUGGUGGCGACGUACACGAUUGCACAAUUCAGUCUACGUCUUCGCAGGAUUUGAUUACCGGCUGUCGUCUUAAAGGAAGGAUUCACUCUCGACUUGUUAUCAACGAGAUAGGAUUUCCCCUCGAAACGUAUGAAACGAGCUUUGAGCUUAUUUUCAUUGUUCUCAGCGCCUUCAUAGCACAUGAACAGGCUUGGAAGAAAGCCCAUGUUCUUCACCGUGAUAUCAGCAAGAACAACAUGUUGAUCUUGCACGGGAAGAACGGCACGCGAGGGUUGCUCAUAGAUUGGGAUUUAUGCAAGUACGAGGACGAGGUGAAUGCUCGCACUGCUACAAAUGUCAAUCGAUCUGGCACAUGGCAAUUCAUUUCCGCAUUGCGACUGCAAUACCCAAAGAAGUACUACGAGGUGGCGGACGACAUCGAGUCAUUCGUCCACGUAAUUACCUGGCAUGCCCUCCGCUACCAUCAUCACGAUCUCCUUGGCAUGGAGGACUCGUUCACCAUUUUUGUUCACGAUAUGUUCUUGCAGUGUUCGACAUCUCCUGAAGGCUUACUCUAUGGAUGUCACAGGAAGUGGGAGUCUAUGCGCUCGGGCGAGGCUGGGUUCAAGCUAAUCUCUGAUGAGAAAUUACAGAAGGUCAUCGACAAACUCAUGCGUAUCUGCAAGAGCCACUAUCAAAGCCUUAACUUGGACGAGCUGGAGAAAUUCCGACCACCGAGCAUUCGUGAGGCAGUUACGGCACCCGAAGGGCAGAACGGGUCGAAAGGGCCUUCCGAACUGAGGAAGCAAGAUCUGGGUUCUUUAUUGGCGAUCAUUUCGGCGGCUUCUGUCGACGACAAUCACACCCAUUCUGAUGGCACAGGUCCUGGUUCCACCACGACGUACUGUGGGCGCACUUUGGACAACCACACGCACAUUUUUGAGGUAUUAGUUGGUGCGAUUCAAGACUCAGACGGCUGGAGCAAGGAAACUAAACCAAUCGACCGUGAUUACUUCGCCAAGUUACUUGACGUCAACUUGACUGCUGGACGACGCACAAUUGUUGGUACGCAAUCCCACACGACUUCUUCUCAGAAGAGAUCACGCCCUCCUCAAGUCCCGGAAAACAAAAAGACGAAGUGGUCGCGCACAUCACGAUCAGGUGCAAGGGCGGUUGGCGGGAAUGCCACUUCUACUUCCGAGCUCGCGGCCGUAUCGGAAGAGGAUGAUGUGGAUUGUCUUGCCGCCGCCGAUGAUGGUGUGAUUGAAGAUUUGCAGGGUGAAAUGCAAGUAGGGUCUGCUCUGAUUGCUCACCAGCACCCCGAUGAAGCGCUGAGCCUCGAUGAGAAGUAGAGGUAGGCAGGCUGCAGUGUGCCAUGCCCUAUACCUGUUCCGGAGCUCAAUGUAUGCAAUAUACUUACCUUAGGCACGGCACCACUCUCUGCCCUGUCUAUACUUCCCAUAAUACAUCUGAUAUCGAGAUAGGGAGGAGUC